ACUUAACUAUGACCAAAUCGACAAAAAGGUGGACAGAAAAAGAGUACCACCACCUCCUCCUUCUCCAGCUUCUCACGCUUUUCUAAUCAAAUAUCUGAUACAAUGAAUUCUGAAGUUAAAGAAAUAUGCCCUUUGUCUCAUCUAAAUCAACCUCAUGUCCUUCUUCAAAGACCAGGUGGAAACACAGAGUCUGGUUGUUUUUCGUGCGGUCAACGAAGAUCUUUUGUCACAAGCAGGGGAGUCCAUUACUACUGCACCACAUGCGAUGUGGAGUUCCACCGUGUUUGUCACAAGUUUCCGAGGAAGAUAAGACAUCCUUAUCACCCACAACACCCUCUCACUUUCACCUUUCGGGACAAUGAAACUGGGAUCAUCUCCGACACCAAUACUGGUGAAUCCCUUUGGCUUGCUCUUUUUUCUGGUUCCAUCAUCAUAACCGAUCCUAAUAAGUUAGGAUCUGUCCAAGAUAUCUGGUCUCAGUCCGAUAAAUGCUCGUGGUGUACAAAAGAUAUAGAAUGCAAUUGGUUCUAUCGAUGUUCUUUAUGUAGCUUUUCCUUGGAUCUUUCUUGCUACAAAAAUAUUCCACUCUUUCAAACAGUGGAAAAACCAAAAAACCAUCAUCAUUCACUGGUCUUCUAUGCUCGACCACUCUUAACUCCAUGUGAUGCUUGUGGGUUGGUCAACGUGUUGGAUCCAAGCUAUACUUGUUUUCAAUGUAAUUUCAUGGUUCAUCAAAGUUGCAUGAGCUUACCAAGAGUCAUCAAGAUCACACGUCACCAGCAUCGUCUUUCUCAUACUCUUUACAUUGAAGCGGUAACUUCACCAUGUCGGAUCUGUUACAAGCCGGUUGACAUCAAGUGUGGCCAAUAUUCUUGCAAUCAAGAAGAUUGCUCCUAUGUAGUACAUUCAAAAUGUGCAACACAUGAGAUGGUGUGGGACGGGAAAGAACUCGAGUGGGAGCCCGAGAAAUCUGACGAGAGCGAAGAUGAUACCAUCCCUUUCACAAAGGUUGGUUCUAGAUUUAUAAAACAUUUCUCUCAUGAACAUCUACUAAAACGAGUGAAGUAUGAUGGUGUUAAAGAUGGAGAGAAGCAAUGUCAAGCGUGCACUCUUCCUAUAAACUCACGUGAUUUCUACGACUGCCUGCAAUGUGUAUUUUCUCUCCACGAGGUAUGUGCUGGUCUUCUUCGAAAAAUCGAUCAUGCAUUGCAUGUCCACCCUCUUGUGCUAGACCUAAGUCCAGGUUCUAGUUGCAGAUAUAGUCAGAUUGGUUGCUCAGUUUGUUCCAGAAAGUUUAGUGGCUUCAAGUACAAAUGCUCCGAAAAGAAAUGCGUGUGUCAAGAAGGGUUUCAGAUCGAUGUGCGUUGUGCUUUAGUUCCAGAUUAUUUCACCCAUGGAAGUCACGACCAUCCCCUAUUCAUCUCCACACCCUACAAAGGUAAUAACAAGAUCUGUUGCAAUGGCUGUAAGGAGAUAUGUAUGCAGUCAUACCUACAGUGUAGUGUAUGCAAUUUUGCUAUAUGUUAUCAGUGCGCUACCAUUCCAAAUGAAAUAAACUAUAAACACGACAAGCAUCCUCUAUGGCUUUGCUACGGUGAAAGAGAGGAUGGAAUGUGUUAUUGGUGUGAAGUAUGUGAGGAAAAGGUAAUCCAAACGGAUUGGUUCUACACGUGCAACGAAUGUAGUACCACUAUCCAUACUCAUUGCGUGUCUGGACCUUCCGUCUAUUUGAAGCCUGGUUUCAUAUUCAAGUAUGACCCAUACAUGAAGCCAUACGAAGUUUUCCGCAACAGUAUUAGCACUCGGCCGCCUUGUGAUAAAUGUGGUCACCGCUGUCCAAGUUCCGUCUGCUACUUAGACGAAUCCUAUACAAAGGCUUGGUGUUCACUAAAUUGUCUAGAUCCACGUUCUCGCCCCUUGCCCCCACGUCGCCAUUACCCAUGCUACUCUAAAAAACUUGCCAACUAGUCAGGCAGAUCACGGGUGAGAGAAGAUUUUCACCGUACUGAAGUUUACAUAUUUGUGUGUGUUUAUUGGAUUUGGCUUUUAUUUCAUUUGUUUUGUAAUCCUUUUGACUUAAGAUAUGUAUCCCCACUAUUUCCAAAGCAUCAAAACGGUGAAUGUCUAUCACUGUUUUUUGUA